GUUUCUUUCAAAAAACUAGUUGACCCUCCCCUCCCCUUAUUACAAUAUAACACCAACACCCCAAUUCCUUCCUCUAUCACAAAUUUCCACAACAAAAUCACUCCUCUAGAUCUUCCUCCUCCUCCAUGGCGCCUCGCGCGAGAUCGAGAUCUCUGUUGUUGCCGAUAUGUACAAUUCUCACAAUCCUUAUUCAUGGCGCUCACUCCUUCUACCUCCCUGGCGUCGCUCCUCAGGAUUUCGUUAACGGUGCUGAGUUGAUGGUGAAAGUGAACAAAUUGACCUCUAUAAAAACACAACUUCCUUACUCAUACUAUACUCUUCCUUUCUGUACCCCAUCCAAAAUUGUAGACAGUGCAGAGAAUCUUGGGGAAGUACUUCGCGGUGAUCGCAUUGAAAACUCCCCCUAUGCGUUUAACAUGGGGGAUGCAAAGAUGUGCAAUGUUCUUUGCCGGAAAACACUUGAUUCCAAAACUGCAAAGGCAUUCAAAGAGAAGAUUGAUGACGAGUAUCGGGUUAACAUGAUCCUUGAUAACCUUCCUCUUGUUGUUCCCAUCCAAAGGCUGGACCAGGAAUCUCCUCCUGUUUAUCAGCUUGGAUAUCAUGUUGGGCUCAAAGGCCAAUACAGUGGGAGCAAAGAGGAAAAGUAUUUUAUCCACAAUCACCUGUCAUUCAUUGUUAAGUAUCAUAAAGAUCCUCAAUCUAAUUCUGCAAGAAUUGUUGGAUUUGAAGUAAAACCAUUCAGUGUUAAACAUGCAUAUGAAGGGAAGUGGAAUGAUGAGAAGCCUCGAUUAACAACAUGUGAUCCCCACACAAGACAUACUGUUGUUAAUUCUAACACUCCUCAAGAAGUUGAAGACAAAGCGGAAAUCAUUUUCACAUACGAUGUUGAAUUCCAGGAUAGUGAUGUGAAGUGGGCUUCCAGAUGGGAUGCCUAUCUCUUAAUGACUGAUGACCAAAUUCACUGGUUCUCAAUUGUAAAUUCUUUGAUGAUUGUUCUCUUCCUCUCUGGCAUGGUGGCUAUGAUCAUGCUACGAACCCUUUACCGUGAUAUAUCGAAGUACAAUGAACUUGAGACCCAGGAGGAAGCUCAAGAAGAGACUGGAUGGAAGCUUGUUCAUGGAGAUGUUUUCAGGCCUCCAUCUAAUUCAGAUCUGCUGUGUGUCUAUGUUGGAACUGGUGUUCAGUUUUUUGGAAUGAUCCUUGUUACCAUGAUCUUUGCCAUUCUCGGAUUCCUUUCCCCUUCAAACAGAGGUGGUCUUAUGACAGCCAUGCUCUUACUUUGGGUUUUCAUGGGCAUUUUUGCUGGCUAUGCCUCGACCCGGUUAUAUAAAAUGUUCAAAGGAUCAGAAUGGAAGAAAAUAGCACUCAGGACUGCAGUCAUGUUCCCAGGGGUCGUCUCUGCCAUUUUCUUUGUCUUGAAUGCUCUCAUUUGGGGCCAGAAAUCUUCUGGGGCUGUGCCAUUUGGGACAAUGUUUGCUCUUAUAUUCUUAUGGUUUGGAAUUUCAGUUCCCUUAGUGUUUGUUGGAAGCUAUAUUGGGUUCAAGAAGCCAGCAAUUGAGGACCCUGUGAAGACAAACAAAAUUCCGAGACAGAUCCCAGAGCAGGCUUGGUACAUGAACCCAGCCUUCUCAAUUCUAAUCGGAGGAAUUCUUCCAUUUGGAGCUGUUUUCAUCGAGCUUUUCUUCAUUCUCACCUCGAUCUGGCUGAAUCAAUUCUACUACAUCUUUGGUUUUCUGUUCCUUGUUUUCGCAAUACUCUUGGUCACCUGUGCUGAAAUAACAAUUGUCCUCUGCUACUUCCAGUUAUGCAGCGAGGACUACCUCUGGUGGUGGAGGUCAUACCUCACAUCCGGCUCCUCAGCACUGUACCUCUUCCUCUAUGCAACAUUCUACUUCUUCACAAAGCUUGAGAUAACCAAACUUGUUUCAGGGGCCUUGUACUUCGGAUACAUGCUAAUUGCAUCGUAUGCAUUUUUCGUGCUAACUGGGACAAUCGGAUUCUAUGCAUGCUUAUGGUUCACAAGGCUCAUCUAUUCGUCAGUGAAAAUUGAUUAACUCUAGCAGAUCCCUUUCUUCCUCCACCUCGACGUCCAAAACAGGGUAAGAUUCACAACUGGUAGAUAAUUAUUAUGUUUUCAAAUGUAAACCAAUUUGCACAUUUUUGGAUUGAGACAGACAUGUCAUGAUUUUGAUGUUAUAGUCCUUUUAUUCAACUUUUGUUUAAGAAUCACUCUCUUCUUUAAUUAUAUAGAUUGUUGACCGA